AUGUUGGUAUUUGAAUUUUUUUCUGGAAUACGUAUUUUUACUGGAUUAAGUGAAAUGAAAAGAUCAACUUGUUUUUAUAUGAUUUUCAUUCAUUUAUUUUCAUCAUGUACAUCUAAAUGGUUAAUGUUUGCCAUUGGAAUUGAUAGAUUAUUAGCUAUAUUGAAACCAAUAAAUUAUAAAUGUUGGAAUAAUUCAAUUUAUAGUGUUAUAAUAUCUAUUCCUGGUUUAUUAUUUGCUUUAAUUAUAAUUAGCAUUCAAUUUAUUUUUGUAAAUGAUAAACAAAUCAAUAUUUGUAAUCCACUAUCUGCUAUGAAUAUUGAAAUUAAAAAUAUAUAUCUAUGUAUUAUUCUAGGAAUAUGUUUAAGUACUAUUAUUGUUUAUAGUUUAACAUUUUUAUUUUUAUCUAAAAUUGGGAAAAAAAAUUUAAAAAAUGAUCAUUUAUUAUUAACUGUACAUAAAGAAAUGGCAAUAACACUUGGAAUUAACACUUUUUUUUUUGUUUUAUCAACAACUAUGGGAUAUAUUAUAACAGGUAUUGUACAAAUGUUUUCAAUUUCUAAUGUUAUAAAAGAAUCUUUUGAUGCUUUGGUUGUUAUUCCAAUACUGUUAUCAUCUUCAUGUACAUUUUAUCUUUUAUAUUGGAGAGCUCAUUUAUAUAAAAAAGCUUUUAAAAAACAAUUAAUAUCUAUAAAUUGUUUUAGUAAUAAACGAAAAAAACAAAUUAAAUCUUCACAUAUAAAAUUAACACAAAUAAAGAAUAUUGGAUAA